CAAGUCUCAGACUCGACAGAUCGAUGAGAGCUGGAGGUUUUUCUGACGUCACACUGUGGCCAGCAUCGAUCCCGGUCUCCAUAUUAUUAUCAGCACUUGUUUCCUCUCUGGCAUCCACGUCUGCAAAGUUGACAGGACCGAUCGGAAACAGAAGAAAAUGCCGGUUCUUUUUUUUAUCCCACUCCUGCUUCACGCAGUCCUGGCCAGCUAUCAUCCUUGGGUUGAAGACCUGAAAGGUGCACAGAUGGUGGAUCCUUUUGAAGAGCUCUUCCCCCAGGGCUCCGUGCUGGACAGCACUGAUGGCUAUCCUUUCUGGCGUGAUGAUAACGACAACGACCUGGUGUCAGUGUAUGAUGACAGUCUGAUUAACGAGGCCCACUUAAGAGACGAAGAGCACAUGGAGAACAGUGAUCUGCAUGGGUUCCAAUCUGUUUCAGGUGGUACUGCAGAAGGUGCUCCCAAUGCCAAACAAGUUAAAACUGACAAACAGCUGCCAGCUUACUGCAACCCACCAAACCCCUGCCCACUGGGGAAAAUAGGAAGCCAAGACAAUUGUGUGGACAACUUUGUCAACAGCGCAGAAAACAACCAGAAACUCUUGUCUGAACAGGACUGUCCUUGCGACACAGAACACAUGUUUACUUGUCCUGCUGGUAGCCAGACGGUGUCUUCUAAAGGCUCAAGUGGAAGUCAACAGAUGGCGCUAAACAAAGUGAUUGAUGAAUUGUCUAAGAUGGAACACAAUGGAGAGAGCUUAGAAAACAACCCAGAUCUCUCAGCAACCAGGAAGAGGUUGACAGUAGUGGCUAAGAAAUCUCCACAUUUAAUUAAAAAAAGGUCUGAAGUUUCUGACCAUGGAAACCCAUACCUUCAAGGUGAACGAAUGGAAAUUGCUGCCAAGAAAGAUCCAACCAUGGCCAAAAACUCCAUGCACAACUGGAGACUAAAGCAACAUUAAAUCACUGACUACACACAUUAUUGAUUUGACUUCCAUGAAAAAUAUGACAAUAAUACUUGAAUAAUACAAUCGACUUAUUAAGAAUUGGAUUUUCCAUGUUUGAAACCUCUCCUCCUAGUGACCAUAAUAACUUAGCGCCUUUGUGCUGAAAUUGACCAACAGUGUAUCUUAAUGCAGAGGUGGGAUAUGAAAGUGGCUCAAAGAGACUAGGGGAAACAUGUAGAUUGAAAGCUGAACAGAACAAAUAAAAACUUGAAUAACACACACAAAAAAUAAUCUCAGUGAAAGACAAGACAACAUGUCAGACUUGAUGUGCCUAUAUGACACACAUUUAGUUUCACAGUUUAUCAUAGACACAGAUUUAUUACAAACUCAAAAAAAUAAAACACAAAUUCAUUUAAAUACUUGUAUUUAAGUAAACUGACUUCCUGUUAUGACAUCCACAGUUGUUCUCAAUUAAGAUGAAUAAAUGUUGCAAACAAUUAGAAAUUUUUCACUUUUUUUUUUAUGGUUUGAUCAAUUUAGUGUAUGUUAGGGUUAAGGCAGACCAUAUUCAAAUAAUUUAUAAAAAAAAAUAUUCCUUCUAGAUCUCCAACACUCACAGAUAAUCGUUACUUCGAUAAAUAGUAUACCAAUAGCCUACUCCUGUUUACAAUGUGUUGUAAACUUACUUUCAAGAUAUAAUAAUCAAAAAAAAUUAAUUCUUAAUUUUGUUUCAUUUCAGUGCUUUGCUAUUUUUCAUGUGACUGUUGUGUAUUGUUGAUUGUUGUCAUGGUGAUAUAUAAAUAGACCCAACAUAGAUUG